AUGGCGGACCCAAAGCGCUGUCCCUCAGUUGCCACAAAGCACACUCAAACCUGCGCCCAGAAGCACCUCGAGAUCUCUCCCGCUCAUAAUCUCGUGCCUUCUCGACUUCUCGAUAGUUUGGUUGUAGGUCUUGGCUACACGGGCCUCGCCACCGAUCUCUGCACACGGUUCCACAAAUUCUCGCCAUGGGAGCUCGCCUCAAUCUCGCUGGGAUCAAUGGUUCUUGGAUAUGGGCUAUUCGAUCUGGGAAAACGAGUCGGGAUGAAAGACAGGACAACUGGGCAAGGAGAAGGACAAGACUGGAGAGGAGAGUUGACGGGGAUGGAAUAUAAACAAUUGAACACCUCAGAGAAGAUUGUUUGGCUGAAGAAGGAAGAAGUUAGGAUAAGAGAGAUGCAAGGUGAGAAGCAAUUGAACUGUGGGAAGGCGUAUAUUGCAAAAGAAGAAGCAUAUGUUGCGUAUGAGAAGCAUGGAGGGUAUGGUGGAGCAGACUGGAAGCGGUAUUCAAAUGCGGAUGGUGUGUGUCAAGAGAUAUAUCAGGAGUAUGAGAAGCAGCAGAGAAGGUUGGGGCAGAUAAGGGUGGAGAUUAAUGCUCUCAGUGCCUCCCCUAGCUUCAAUUAA